UUGAAAAUUUAAUUUGUAAAUUACUUCCUGUCUGGUUAUGUCACUUCCGGGAGAAAAAUCAAGCCUGUGCUAUUCUCUUUAGUGUUUGCCCUGUCCUCCCAAUGCUCACCUCCUCUCUGGCCAUAUUUUGAUGAUAAAAUAACGCUUAGAACUUGUCAUCUGAAGCGACAUUAAACCACAAUUUCUUAUGGAGUGAUAAAAACAAAAGGAGCGACGAGACUCUCCUCCUGGCAGUCCUUUAUUUCAGACCUCUUCAAUCCACAGUCCCUCCCACGUUAUACAUUUCCUAUCUUGACUUCAGCCUUCAAAUCUAGAGCAACUAGGAUGUCUCAGCUCCAGUUUUCCUGUCCUGCUAGUCCUGUGCCUGCUGCCUCUGCCCCACUGCAACUGGGACAGCCGCAGGCCGGCUAUAGCAUCCCGUGUGCCACAGGUGCCCUACAAUCAGAGAGUGCCAGUCAGCCUGUCAGGACCUCCGCUCUCCCAGCGGGCUCUGUCACCCCUUAUAAUACCACCACAGUAUCUAACAUGGCAAACCCUAAAGAGAAGACACCCAUGUGUUUGGUGAAUGAGUUAGCCCGUUUCAACAAGAUUCAACCGGAGUACAAACUGCUUUCUGAGCAAGGACCAGCUCACUCAAAGAUUUUCUCAGUGAGGCUCACGCUGGGAGAUCAGCACUGGGAGGCAGAGGGGACCAGCAUCAAGAAAGCCCAGCAUUCCGCUGCUGCAUCGGCUCUCUCUGAGACAACACUUCCCAAGCCCACCAUGAGGACACCCCGCAACCCGGGCAGGAACCCAGCAGAUGGCAUUACGCAUACCAUGGAGCUGAAUGCUCUUUGUGUCAAGCUCGGUAAAAAGCCGAACUAUAAACCCAUCGACUCGUACCCAGGGAUGAGACCGCCAAACUUUAACUACAACGUCCGGGCUCCUGGGCCUUACCAGCGCUCUAUGCAACAGUACUACUAUCCAUUUCCUCCAGUGGGACCAAUGAUCUACCACAUGGAGCUUUCUGUAGGAGGUCAGCAGUUUUUUGGGAAGGGGCGUACGAGGCAGAUAGCCAAACACGAAGCCGCUGCCAAGGCUUUGAAAGUGCUGCAGAAGGAACCUGUACUGCAGCAGUGUCCAGUGAUGAACGGUGAACCCGAGGAGGAGAACUUAAACAAAUCAGAAAUUAGUCAAGUAUUUGAAAUAUCUCUGAAGCGGAACUUACCUGUCUACUUUGAGGUUUUAAAAGAAGAGGGUCCUCCACACAUGAAAAGUUUUGUAGUGCGUGUUGCAGUCGGUGAGUUCGUGGGAGAAGGCGAGGGGAAAAGCAAAAAGAUUGCCAAGAAGCUGGCAGCAGCGGCAGUGCUGAACGAGCUGAAGCGGCUGCCCCACAUGCCGAGCGUGGAAAAGAAGCUUCCGCGCAUCAAAAAGAAAACCAAAUCCAUCAUCAAGCUGCAGACCAGCCCCGAGUACGGCCAGGGCAUGAAUCCCAUCAGCCGCUUGGCUCAGAUCCAGCAAGCUAAGAAGGAGAAGGAGCCCGAGUACGCCAUGGUUACAGAACGAGGCCUGCCACGACGCAGGGAGUUCGUCAUGCAGGUGACUGUGUGUGGCCAGUCAGCAGAGGGGAUGGGACCGAGUAAGAAGGUGGCCAAGAGGAACGCAGCAGAGAAAAUGCUGGAACUCCUAGGAUAUAAAGUGCCUCAGCCUCAGCCUCCCAAACCAGCUCUUAAAACUGAUGAAAAAACUCCUGUGAAAAAACCAAGUGACGGGCGCAAAGUGACCUUCUUUGAACCGGGUUCUGUGGAGGAGGUGACMUUGGGUUCUAAAGAGGAGGACUUCCGCAUGCCUUACCUCAGCCCCCAGCAGCUGCCUGCAGGCAUUCUGCCCAUGGUGCCUGAGGUGGCCCAAGCAGUCCGAGCCUGCCAGGGAUCUCAGGCCAGGGACUACAGCCGAGCUGUGCCCAACCCAGGCAAGGCCACCAUCACUGCCAUGAUUGCCAACGAGCUGCUCUAUGCUGGGACAUCCAUGACCGCCGAGACUAUCCUAAAGAACAAAAACAACGUGAACCAGCUGCCCCACGGCCCCAUCACCAGGCCGUCGGAGCAGCUCGGCUAUCUUGCAUCUGUGCAGAACUUGCAGGUGGAUUACACAGACUUUCCCAAAAACAAUAAGAAUGAGUUUGUGUCGCUGAUUAACUGCUCCUCCCAGCCUCCACUCAUCAGUCAUGGGAUUGGAAAAGACGUGGAAUCCUGUCAUGAUAUGGCUGCUCUGAAUAUAUUAAAGUUGCUCUCUGAACUUGACCUGCAGUCAAAUGAAAGGACAGGAAAUGGACCAAGCUCAGGAUGCAGCAAACAGGAAAUUGAAGGCGACUUGCACCACAAACAGGCUAACUCAAGCACAUUGGCACAGACACUUGAUGGCAAAGCUUAGAUCAGGUUUGGUUGUUGUAAAAGCACUAGAGAAAACUCACAACACACUGUAGGCUCAAACCUAUCACUGUUCAUAUUCAUUAUUUUUACUAAAUGUUCACAGUUAAACAAGGUUGAAAGGAAAAUAAAAUAUUAUCUUUGAUGUUG